AUGGGUUCGACGUACGCGGAAUGGAACGGAAAGGCGACGCUGUGGCUGCAGUCGAAAGUGGGACGGCGGGCGAGAAUCGGACUGCUGGCCGCCACAGUGGUCGGCUAUCCGAUCGGCUCGAUCCUCAUCAACGGACCGUUCGUCAACCUCACUUUUCCCAGGAGGUCUGUAGUUGAAACGCGAAAUGAGGGGGGUUUUCGGGUGAAACCAUUUUCUUUGUUUCCCCGAUUUUGACGAGCACCCGAAAUCCACGAAAAUCGUGUUUGUUCAGUUGUUUUUUCCCGUUUGUUGGCAGAAAAAUCGCUGUAAUUGAAAUUUUCACCAUUUCCGCUUUGGCCUCGUGCUUAGAGAUAGGGGCAGAAAUUUUGAGACGUUGUCUAGCUGAAUACUAGUUUAGCCUUCCAGAAGAAUCGGUUUGCCGCCACGUGGUAGACACACAAACACAGACGGUUAUGUAUCUGAUAAGCGGACACAAACAAACCGAUUAUUAUGCGGAGAACGUUUUCGAUUUCAAUUGUUUUUCGAUGAGACCAAAUUCAUUUUACACAAUGUUCUCUGUUACUAUAGUACUAGUUAUUACUCGGACGAUACAGUGAAAGUUAUUGGUUUCUUUGCGGGAAAAGUAUGUCACUUUGUCGGCCUUCCUAUCGAUUUCACUGCUGUUCUCUUGAAUUUGUUGUAUUUACCGUUUAGACGGUCAUGAGUAUUUUAAAAGGCGGAAUGAUAAUCCUUCUUUAGAAUGUGAAAUACCUUUUGGGAAAACAAUGAGUGAAAGUUUGAAAAAUGUGCACAACUCGAGCUCUAGAUGUUCUUUUUCAAUAGUCCAUUCUGCAGACACUCCAUCGACAACCUUCCGCCCCGCCUCGUUCCGAUCGCCGACCAAGAGUACGGGCGGUUCCUGGAACGGGAGAGUCGGAUUCCGAAGGACGCCGUCGUGUCGGUACACAUCCAGAAGAGCGUGAAGGACUCGGACGAGACGGUCGCUUCCGGAUCGCUCGGAGUGCGGACGGGACUCCAUCUCGCGGUGCCCGCCUACGCGAAAUUCGCCAGUGCCGCCGAAGCACUCGACUAUUUUAGGAGUCAAAAUGAGGAGGGCGUCGAGUUUCUGGGCGAGAAAGUGCCGAUUCGGUGGGACUCUGAGAUUGCCGAAGAGUUUGCCGACUGCUAUUCUCUUUCGGAUAAUGUACGGACCACGAGGACCGCCUCAACCAUUCCCAUCUAUUCCAGGCCUAUCGCUUCCUGUUCCUCCGUGAUUUGUACGCGUACGACGGAUACGCGUCGCUCGCCCAACGCAGCAUUUCAUGGGCCACCUGGACCACUUUCAGCUCCAUUUUCACCUACUGGAUCCAUAACGUACUGCAGUUCUGAAAAGAUCAAAGAAAAUAAAUGUUUGCAGAGCUCCCGAAUGUUGAGUGGCUCCGCCGCCUCGUUCGCCAUCGCCUAUCCGCUGUUGUUGGGCGCCGCGUGGUACGCGAACACUCAGUGGCACUUGUUGUACAGGUGAGUGCCACGUGGCAGAUCUUGUUCUCUUCCAGAGCUCUUUUGAAUCUAGGCCACCGCAAACCAAUGAUCUUAAGAAUUUCCACUUGAUUACUGGCUGGCCUAGGUUUCGCGGCCAUUUCCAGCUUGAAAACGUCUAAAACGCAUGGCCUAACUUUUCUAAUUCGAGCAAAAACUAGGCCACGAUCGAAACCUAAUUCUUUUGACAAAAUUUGAAGCCGCGGCCUAACUUUUGCAUGCGCAGAUAUCUGACGGACAUCCACGCGGACGCGGAAGCGGCACGAGCGUCGUUCGAGCACGCGGAAGGCGGAAAAGAGUAUUACUGGAAGAUGCUGAAACGGAAUCGGAUAAUGAGGGACCUGAACCCGUCUCUGUGGGAACAGGUCACCGCGACCGGCGACAUUCGCGGCAUCGCCACGCCCAUCAUCACCCGAUACGAUCAUUUGAAGGUACUUGAACUGAAAACGGAUACUGUGCGCUUCGGAAGGGCCCUAUGGGUCUAGAAAUUUUCGAGUGAAAUCUUGAAAUCUAGUGCGUUGUUUUUGUAGUUUAUCACUUUUUUGUACAAUCACUCCCUCGAGUACUGUAGCUCUUGGAAGUACGAGAUUGUUCAAAUGCAUCUCGAACUUUUAAGAACUACAGUACUCGAAGGAGUGGUCGUACAAAAAAGGUGUCAAAUACAAAAAUAAAGUACUAGAUAUCAACAUUUCACUCAAAAAUUUCUAGAACCAUAGGACUUUUCCUGGUCCUACAAUAUCCGCUCAAAGUGAAUCGAUUUAAAAAUGCAUUUGUUUGCAGGACGUCAACGAGGAGGACGACGAGUUGAAGGCCGUCGUCGGAAUGGACGACUGA